UUUGCCAUGUCUGGGCGUGGUAAGCAGGGAGGCAAAGCUCGCGCCAAGGCCAAGACCCGCUCUUCUCGGGCCGGGCUUCAGUUUCCCGUGGGCCGAGUGCACCGCCUGCUCCGCAAAGGCAACUAUGCCGAGCGGGUCGGGGCUGGGGCACCGGUGUACCUGGCUGCGGUGCUGGAGUACCUGACCGCCGAGAUCCUGGAGCUGGCUGGCAACGCGGCCCGCGACAACAAGAAGACUCGCAUCAUCCCGCGUCACCUCCAGCUGGCCAUCCGCAACGACGAGGAGCUCAACAAACUGCUGGGCAAAGUCACCAUCGCACAGGGUGGUGUUCUGCCCAACAUCCAGGCCGUGCUGCUGCCAAAGAAGACCGAGAGCCACCACAAGGCGAAGGGCAAGUAGAACGCUGGAUUAGUUUGCAGCAACUCAAUCCCAAUGGAACCAAAGGCUCUUUUCAGAGCCACCUA